GUCCACCGCCUUAUCGACAUUUUUUUACAUCGACCACCCUACUUUCCGAAAUGCCAUAUUGUGUUGGCAACAAUUUCUUUUGCACACCGCCGUUCUAAAAGAAAAGUUGCCGCGUGUCCACGAUGCCCCCAGAAUCAUGGGCCUAGCCGAGCCAUUUUUGCAGCCUGCCUGCGGCAACCAGGAGUCACUAAUAGAGAUCCAGCACUACCGGAUGUUCGGCCGAAAUGGUUCCUAUCGAGCAUGGAUGUAAGUUUUUUUUUUUUUCCCGACGAGGAAAUAUUUUUUAUGGUGUUUGGAGGCACUCACUGCUCCUCGUGAAAUAACCAAAGCAUACACCUUGAGCCAGGGGCGGGUCAGUGGAUUGAAAAUGAAUGAGCAAAUGAUAAAAAGUAUAAAUAAAAUGAAUUUGAUCAAGAGCUAGAAAGUCAUGGUCAGGAAAAAAAACCGAAUAUCAAUUUCCGGGGGUUUCUUUGACAUUCGAAUUGGGGGACGUUCACCGGUCAACUGAGCUGGCAUCUCGGCAUCCAGUAUCGCCGUUUUUUUUUUUUGUUUUGCUCAAGUCCAUGACGAACUUUCAGAAAUGUGACGGACCU